AUGGCCAAAUCUCUUCGUUCGAGCAGCAAGCUCAAGGCGCGCAACCAGAAGCGAACCAACCCCAAGAGCGACUACGCCGUCGCCGAGGCAGCGCGAGUCAAUGCGCUAUCUACGCGUCUUGCCGCUGGCUUGAAGCGCGACAAGGUGCCUGUCGAGUCCGCUUCCAAGGAUGGAGAUGACGCAGAAGAAGUGAUGAAGGAUGGGGAAGAGGAGGAGAAGACGGACGGGGAGGCGGCGCAGGUCAAGGUCUCUACCUCGGGUCCUCGCAGUUCCAGAAGAGAGACGUACCGCAAGAGUAAGGGCUUGAAGCCGUUCAAGAACAGCGGCGGCAACAGUUUGUUUGAUGCGCACAAGAGCAAGAACGGCGGUAAGGCCAAGCGCAGGCGAUAG